AUGGGACCUUACGCAAUAAAGGAAUUGAAGUUCCGUAAGGGGAAAGAUGCCCAGGUUUCUGACCAGUCGGGUUCGGACUGCUUUUCAUCGGCUUUCCUCUCCCAGGGCUUCCAAUCCUGGGUGAAGGAUGUUCGCCCGAGACGGGAUGCGACACGCCGAAUGCGGAAUGCUCCGGGUCGACGUGCGAGUGCACGCAGGGCUUUCUCCAAGACGGGUCGGAAUGCAGUUCCGACGAUCUCUGUCAUCUCCUUAGUACUGGAUGAAAACCCGGAAACCGGCGAAGGAGGGUUGGGAGAUCCCUGCGACGGAGACGAAGACUGCAACGAGGAUCAAAAUCUAGCAUGUAAUUUGUCCCUCAUGAAAUGCGACUGCGCCGACGGUUACGUCUUCGAUACCGACAUUCUCAUGUGCGUGACCGGUGGCGGCGGACUGGGGGAUCCAUGCUCCAAUGAUUCGGAUUGCAACGGAAACCUCCACUACCACUGCGACGAAGAGGCGCAAAUUUGCACCUGCGCGGAUGACUAUGAGCUUGAUUUGGAAACCCUCCUCUGUGGUGAGUUC